AUGGGCAAGCUGGUGACAGUAGCAACUUGCUCCCUUAACCAGUGGUCACUUGACUUCGAUGGCAAUGCAGAGCGCAUAAUCACCAGUAUCAAGCAGGCCAAGGCAGCAGGGGCUCGGCUCAGAGUCGGUCCUGAGCUGGAGGUUUGUGGAUAUGGAUGUGCCGAUCAUUACUUGGAGGGAGACCUCUUCCUUCAUUGCUGGGAAUCUCUGGCGACCAUCAUCACCCACCCAGAUGUCUCCGACUGUAUUCUCGACAUCGGCAUGCCCGUGCGCCACAAUUCGGUCCGUUACAACUGUCGAGUGAUUGUCUUGAAUAAGAAGAUCCUCCUCAUCCGUCCCAAGAUGGCCAUGUGCGAGGAAGGCAACUACUUUGAGUCUCGGUGGUUCACCCCUUGGACACGGCAACGAGAGGUUGAGGACUACCCACUCGAAGAUGCGAUCAGUAGCGUUACCGGCCAGCGAAUGGCACCUUUCGGAGAUGGAGUCCUCCAGACCAUUGACACGCUUGUUGGCGCAGAAACGUGCGAAGAGCUGUUCACUCCGAAUGCCCCUCAUAUUCACAUGGGACUGAAUGGCGUGGAGAUCUUCGUGAACUCCAGUGGCUCCCAUUAUGAGUUGCGGAAGCUCCAAACACGUGUAUCUCUCAUUCGAGAAGCUACGAGACAAAAUGGUGGAAUAUAUGUGUACUCUAAUCAACGAGGCUGCUCUGGAGACAGAUUGUACUACGACGGCUGCGCCAUGAUCUUUGUGAAUGGUAGGCUACUGGCUCAAGGGAGCCAAUUCAGUUUGAACGACGUCGAGACUAUCACUGCAAACGUCGAUCUCGAGGAUGUACGGUCAUUCCGUGUCUCUCACUCCCGAAACCUUCAGGGUGCCCAGGCUGCACCAUAUCCCCGUAUACCCGUCGACCUACGCUUGACACACCCGGGUUUCGAACAAACCGGCAAAUUCCUCGCUCCCUCUCCAGAUAUCCCCAUCCGCUAUCAUUCUGCUGCCGAGGAAAUUCAAUUUGCUCCUGCUCUUUGGCUUUGGGACUACCUGAGGCGCUCCAGAACAGCAGGAUACUUCCUACCUUUGUCUGGCGGCAUCGACUCUGCAUCAACGGCUGUGCUCGUGUUUUCAAUGUGCCGGCUGCUCUAUGACGCUAUCACGUCCGAUCAGACCCUGCCUCACACCAAGGAGCUCGUUCUGGAUGACCUUCGUCGAGUCUGUGCACAAGCCGACGACUGGACACCAUCCGGCCCUCAAGAAAUUUGUGGACACAUUUUCCACUCUACUUACAUGGGUUCGAAGAACAGCAGCAAGGAGACUAGGUCCAGAGCCGCGGCACUUGCGAAGGCGAUAGGAUCGUAUCACAUCGACCUCAAUAUCGACGGUGUCGUCUCAGCUCUCACCACGCUCUUCACCACCGUCACCGGAUUUACACCCAGUUUUACUUCUAAGAAUCCUUCCGAGGGGCUUGCCUUACAAAACAUCCAGGCACGCAUACGUAUGGUUAUUGCGUACUUUUUUGCCCAACUCUUGCCUAGUGUCAGAAAGCGCAAAGGAGGCGGCGGUCUCCUGGUUUUGGGCUCUGCCAAUGUUGAUGAGCAACUCCGUGGUUACCUGACCAAGUAUGAUGCGAGCAGCGCGGACAUCAAUCCGAUCGGCGGCAUAUCCAAGGUCGACCUUCGAAUGUUUCUGGCUCACGCCCGAGACAAUCUCGACCUCCCACUUCUGCAGGGCUUCCUCGACGCUACGCCGACGGCUGAGCUCAUCCCCACAACCAACGCCGACGCUCACACCCAAUCCGACGAGGAAGAAAUGGGCAUGACGUACGCCGAACUCAGCGUGCUCGGCCGGCUACGCAAGGUUGGACGUCUCGGCCCAUGGGGCGUCUUCGAGAAGCUCCUCCCUAUCUGGACGUCCCCACCACCAAAUGCAGAUGAGAUCGCAACAGAAGCUCGCGGCGCACACUCAGAUCCGCAGUACGUCCAUAGCGUGGCACAUGGUCAGAGCAUGACACCGCGUGCCGUGUACGAGAAAGUGCGAAAAUUCUUUUAUUACUAUGCGAUCAAUAGACACAAACAAACCACCCUGACGCCCGGAUUACACAUGGAACAGUACUCGCCGGACGAUCAUCGAUACGACAUGCGACCAUUCUUAUAUCCCAGCUUCACAGCGCAGUACCGUAAGAUGGAGAACGCAGUUCAGGUCCUCGAGGACAACGCGAAGAAAGCGGGUGCAGAGAGCAAUGGCAUUUGA